UCCUCCUGUCAUUCUCUCUCUCUCUCUCUCUCUCUCUCUCUCUCUCUCUCUCUCUCAAUCUUUGAUGAUUGUCCCACCGCGCAGAGACAGACCCGCUUUCUCUCUCUCUCUAUCUAUCUUCCCACACCACCUCGCCUUUUUUCCCAGCCUAUUUUUUCUCUCUCUCUCUUUUUAUCUCUCUUUUUCUUUUUCCUCCUGCUCCUGUUCCACUUCUCCGCGGACUUGAGAAGCUGUGGAUUUCCUCGUGUCCUCCUCUCAGAUAAACUCAGAUACUUUUUGUGUGUUGUUGUGGUUUAGUGGUUUGUUUUGUAUUAGUCCUCCUGCCCCGCUCCACGCGCUGAACUUGCACUCACUCGCCGGGUGAAAACCAUGGCCGUCCCGGCUGCUCUGAUCCCCCCGUCCCCUCUGGUGGUCCAGCCGUCUCCCAUCUCCGCCUCGUCCUCGGUCAGCACGUCUUCGCCCUCGGCCACUUCUUCCUCUCCCUCGCCGUCCGUGCCGCCGCCCCCGUUCCGGCCGGAGCUGCUCGCUACCAGCAGCCCGGGCGUCCCUCUGCCCGCCAAGCCCGUGUACUCGACCCCGUCGCCCGUAGAAAACACGCCGCAGAACAACGAGUGCAAAAUGGUCGAGCUGCGGGGCGCCAAGGUGGCCUCGUUCACGGUGGACGGCUGCGAGCUCAUCUGCCUCCCGCAGGCGUUCGACCUGUUCCUCAAGCACCUGGUCGGCGGGCUGCACACCGUCUACACCAAGCUCAAGCGCCUGGAGAUCACGCCGGUGGUCUGCAACGUGGAGCAGGUCCGCAUCCUGCGCGGGCUCGGCGCCAUCCAGCCCGGAGUCAACCGCUGCAAGCUCAUCUCCAGGAAGGACUUUGAGACGCUCUACAACGACUGCACCAACGCCAGCUCAAGACCUGGGAGGCCUCCGAAGAGGACGCAGAGUGUUACAUCGCCGGAGAACCCUCACAUCAUGCCGCACUCCGUGCCGGGUCUGAUGUCGCCAGGAAUGAUUCCCCCUACAGGCCUCACAGCUGCAGCCGCCGCCGCAGCAGCCGCCACCAACGCAGCCAUCGCCGAGGCCAUGAAGGUGAAGAAGAUCAAGCUGGAGGUGAUGAGCAGCUACCACGGUAACAGCGCUCAGCACGGCGUCGACUCGGAGAACGGAGACCUGAGCUCCAGCGUGGGUCUGGAACUGCCAUUCAUGAUGAUGCCCCACCCCCUGAUCCCUGUCAGCCUGCCUCCUGCAUCAGUCACCAUGGCAAUGAGUCAGAUGAACCACCUCAGCACCAUCGCCAAUAUGGCCGCCGCAGCACAGGGACAGAGUGCCCCAUGCAGAAUGGUGACAUCAGUGAUUAAGGAACGGGUGCCCGACAGUCCGUCUCCCGUCCCCUCUCUGGAGGACGGCAGGAGGCCGGGGAGCCGUCCCUCGUCUCAGCGCAGCAGCAGCGUCUCCAGCUCCCCAGCACAUACCGAAAGCUCCUCGGACAGAAUCCCUAUUCACCAGAAUGGGCUCUCCAUGAACCAUGCUCUGUUGGGCCUCUCGCCCAGCAUCCUGCCCGGACCCAAGGAGGGGGACUUGGCCACUCACGACAUCGGCCACGAGGCCAAGAGAAUGCACUCAGAGAAAGAAGAAGCUCCCAUGUGCACUCCUACAGCGAGAGACAGCUACGAGAGGUUGUCGCUGGCCGGCCAGGCUUUACCGCCAGGAUUCCCGUCGCCCUUCCUGUUUCCUGAUGGACUGUCAUCGAUAGAGACCCUCCUCACCAACAUUCAGGGUCUGCUGAAAGUGGCCAUCGAUAACGCCCGCGCUCAGGAGAAGCAGGUGCAGCUGGAGAAGACUGAGCUGAAGAUGGAGCUGUUCAGAGAGAGGGAACUCCGGGAGACCCUGGAGAAGCAGCUGGCAGUGGAGCAGAAGAACAGAGCAAUAAUUCAGAAGCGUUUGAAGAAGGAGAAGAAGGCCAAGAGGAAAUUGCAGGAGGCGCUGGAGUACGAGUGUAAGCGGCGAGAGCAGGCGGAGCAGUCACUCAAACAGUCUUCACCUACAGAGAGCCUCCGCUCCCUCAACGACUCGUUGACCCAGGAGAUAGAGACUGACCGCAGCAGUGGCAGAACAGAUGCUGAAAGGACAAUACAAGAUGGAAGACUAUUUUUGAAGACCACAGUGAUGUACUGAUGGGAAGGUGUGGAGGACUUAUGAAGUCUGUCAUAUGAAGAUUCUGAAGAGUUAUCAUAUGAAGAGAAUCCUGUUUAAGGGUAUUUUUAAUAGUUACAGAAACAGGUCAGGCUGAUCGCAGAGGCUCCAUGGAGAGGGCUGAGUUCGGCCCGCAGCUGAAGGAAGGGUCGAGUCAGAAUGUAGAAUUAGGACUCUUCUUCUCACCAGUAUCACCAUAACCAUCAUCAUCAUCAUCAUCAUCAACAACAACAACAACGACGACGACAACAACAACAUAUUGCGACAGAUAUGGGAUUAUCAUGUCAGCUCUUUCGGAAGGCGACAAUUUGAGCACAGUAAAAUGUACCGCAGGGUACACUCGGUGAUUAUAUUUACAACAAAAUUCACAGCACUGAAGAUUUUUAUACUGUAUUUAAACCAGCGAGAAAGCUUUGAGAAAGAAAUUCUGAUCCAGGGUUUUUUUGUUUUGUAUUAAAAGAUAAAAAAUAAUAAAUAAAUCCUUAAUGUCAUAGCUUAUUGCCAAGUUGUGAAAGAUCGAAGCUUGGAGUUGAAAAAAAAGCCUCUGGAAAUGUGAAUUUGAAUAUAUGUUGAUCAAUAGAAACGACUAAUCUUUGCUUUAAAUGUUUUCUAAAUUAGAAAAAAAAAUACAAUCAAGUUUCAUUUUUAUCAUUGUUGUAUAUACGAGAACAGAAACUAGGUUAACCCGCUCACUUUGUUAUGUGUAUAUAAAGUUAAAGACGGUAUUGUGUAUGCAGUAGAACUAUUAGGAAAACAAUACCAACAUUUAUAUUGAAUUUAUAGAUUUGUUUCUGAGCCAUCAUUCUUUCAGAUAGCUGCCAUUACGGUGGAAGCAUGCAGGCAUGUAAAUGUUUGUCCUGAAUUCCUGUUACUCAAUAAAUACUUAACUGUGUUGAACAACUAGGGUUGGUUCACUUACGCCCUGAUGAAUUUGACUAAAAGCGUUAUUUCACAUCUUUUUGGUAGGGGUGGGCAAUAUGAGGAUAUUUUAUCUGUGUUGUGAUGAGUUGAUUCAUCUUAAAUUGCUUUUUUUAAACAUACAAAUAAAAGAAAAUGGAAGGAAAUGCAUGUUUUUUGACAUAAAGAGCGUCUUUAGUCUUGUUUAAUUGGGUUUUACUCAAUACUCAUUCACACAAAUCUUAGUAAUCUUAGUUUUCUUACAGUUUUUUAUAUUUUAUUUGUAUUAAUUACUGUAUAACUACUAUGGCACUACUGGUGUUUUUUUUCUACCAGAUACUCUACAGAUAUUCUAUCAUGAUUAAAAUAUUUAAGUAUUUAAGUAGGGCUAUAUUGUGCCACUUUGCCAUAUCGCCCACCCCUACUCCAAUAUACUGUAGAUCAUCAGCUGUGUUAACUGUAUUAUAUUUAAAAGCAUCUCUUUCUUGUGUUGGUUUUACAAUAUAAACAUAUGCAAACACUCACUGUCCAAACAGCAAGAGCAUCACAACUGAACUGAACAGAGUUGACAGCUGAAUCCUAUUCCAGUAUGUUUUUAAAAAUAUGAUACAAUAAAUUUUGAGGUAAAGAAAAUCAAGUUAAUAAUGAGAUAUAAAAAAAAUAUAGAAAGGAACAAUAAGUAAUUGUUUGCAUUUAUUGCAUUGUUUCGGGCAAGCACUUACCUAGACUUUACUUACAGAAAUCAGGAUAAAUUAACCCAUUGUGCAUCAUUUUAGUAGUUCCCUUGCUGCCAGUACACCUACUAAAAGGACCUGCCAGUUGUAGUGAAUCAACAUAUAUAUAUAUAUAUAUAUAUAUAUAUAUAUAUAUAUAUAUGAUUAACUGCAAUUAAUAGCACUUGUUCCGUAAUAGCGUUUCUCCCACUGUUUGGUUUGGUUUCACACAGGCAUAAACCUAAACGCACCAAAUUGCACUACCAAUACACCAUGCAAGCACAUUGUCUCCUCUGAUUGGUCGGAGUGGUCUGGUGCGAGAGCAAGAAAGUAAAUAUAAUGAGAAGAUUCUGUGUUCCACUGCAUAUAUCUGUGAUAGCAUUUGGGCUAAUAUAUCAGAUUAAACUACUCCUUAUCAUCAGCUUAACUUUAAUUAUAAAGCAGAAUAUUUGAUAGCUGGGUCGGAUCAAGACCAAAUUAUGUUCUCAGCACAUGCUCCAUUCGUUGGGCAGAUUACAAUAAAAAAAUUAUUUAAUAUAUAUACACACUCAAUAUAUUGAUUAGUAUAUUGAUACAGUAUAUUGACACAUAGCAUAUCAUACCUAUCAAGUUCAGUUCUUCCUAUUCUUGCUAUUGUUUUCUAAAGGGCAAAACAAAAGGGCAGAUUUUCCAAACAAAGACUUAAACAGCAUUAGGAAUUAUAUUAGUUUUUUUUUUUUUAACUGAGCUCUUCUAAUGUAUAACCAUAUAUUGAUUGAGUUUUAUCUUUAAUAAUUAUUUUUUUAGCAUUAAAAAAAACUGUACUUUGUAAAAUGUGCUUUUUAUUUAGAUCAAUUCAGAUCUAUUUCGAUUCUCCCAACACACAGAAAUAUUGAUAUAUGAUUAAUAUACAGUAUUUGUGUUUAUUCAUUGGAAAAGCUCAGUUAUUCUAGGACAAAAACAGUUUCCCACACACUGCAGUCUCUCUCUCCUCUACACUGGAAGCCAAGCUAUGCUCUUAUGCUCUUACCAGAUGAACGAUUGAGGGGGUUUAAUCUAUUACUGUACUUUUAAUAUAUUUUAUCUCCAAAAUUUCCUCAAAUGUUCUCCCAUACAGUGCAAGUAACAUUGUGUUUCUCGUGUUCUCAUUGUGAUGUGAUUUUAUACCUCUUUACCUGCUAUUGUAGCUGUACAAAACCAGCACCAAUCCCAGUCUGGUUAAGAACGAACGGAUAAGACGUUCGUUUGAUUUAAAGUUGAGUUAAAAGGUUUAUUUUUGGAGUCGUGCUCAGUUGAUUUGACCUCAGUUUUACAGGGAUUAAAGAACAAUCAGUCGCUGGGUGGCAGUUUUGUAUCAGUUUUUCCUAAAAACUAAAAAAAUCAAGUUUAAAAUAAUCUCUUCAGAGAUUUCCUGUAAAAAAUAAAAAAAAACUCCUGCUACUAAAUUCUGUUUGACGGAAUCAUGUAUCCUCUCCUCACGACUAGAGUCUGUCGGGUUUUUUUUCUUGCCUGUCAUUCCUGUAUUUCACAUGUAUAUAAAGUUAGUGUUGAUAAUAAAAGCAAUGUGUUUUA